CGCAGCAUCCAAGCGCCUCCCAUGUGAGCUGCCUCCCGAAAGUGAAGGGGGGCGCUGUGACAAGGUUUGUCUGGGCCAGCCCACAGCCGCCUCUGAUCCCAGAGCGGAGUGGCGACUGCUGGUCAGAACAACUCACCUGCAGCUACAAACGGGCCAAGAUGUUCUGCAGAAGGGUGUGGCAGCGAGUCGGACCGCUGGCCCGGAACCUCCUCGAACCAAAGUUCAGGACUCCAGCACCGGUGAGGUGCAUGGCCUUCAGUGUACCAGGUGGUUCUACCAACAUGACCUACUUUGUUCUGUGUGGUGGAGGACUGACUGCUGCUGUGGUUUACGCCUACAAGACUGUCAACAAUGAUAGUGAGCGCUAUGAAGAGAGACUCGCGAAAAUGGGUUCUGCAACCGGUUCUUUAACAGAUGCCCAAAUUCAUUCAGCAGAAGCUGCAUCAGUGGAGUCGGCCACAACCACAGAGGGCACUGCGGAGUCUGCUCCUGAAGAACCAGUCGCAGAGACCUCUGCAGAAACAAAGGUCGAGGGUUCUGAUGAGGCUGCUGUUGAAGUGACUGAGGUUGCGGCCUCUGAAGAGGUGGCUCCACCAGAGAGCAGCGAGGAAACGCUGUCAGUAGUGGAAGUCAUAGCCACUGAGGUGUCGCCUGCAACACUGGAUGAAGUGCCCCAUGCUGAGACAGAGACUGAAUCCUCUCCUGAUCUUCUCACGGCCAUGAAGCUAUUGGCAGGCACCUCCGUCGAGAUCACCACAGCGUCUGCUGGGACAAGCAGAAUGGUGAAUGCAGUGCAGCCUAUCGAGGCGAAUGAAAGCAGUUUGCAUGCAAAACCAAGUUUGUUGGAAGGCGACGUUGUUGAGGCCACAAUUGAGGUACUGGCUGAAGGUGCAGGUGAAGAUGAGGAUGAGGUGGUUUCCACGGAAGAGGAGGAGCUCAAGCCUGCAGGCAUGACAUUUGGAGAUGCAGUAGCUCACCUGCACUCUGAGGGGGAAUGUGCACAUGCUGUGUCACUUCAGGAGAAGGAGACCGUUGUAGCUGAAAUACUGGCAGAAGAAUUCAUCACAGAAGCACCUACGGUGUACCAAGGGUCUGCAGUUGAGAAGGCCAUGGAGGAGAUCCAAGGCGAAGAUCCAGCUUUGGCUGCAGUUCGAGUGUCUGAAACACCAGCACAGGAGGAUUCAACUCAAACUACAGCAUUAACUGCAGAGCAGGUUUGGGCUGAGGAGCCAGCGAAUGUAACUACGACAGUAACAGCAACAACAAUAGUGGCUGAGGGGCUGAGAGCAGAUGAGUCACCAGCAGAUGAGACGGUUACAGAAGGAGCGCCAGUUGCCGAAAUACCAACAGAAGAAGCACCGGCAGAAGAUCAAGCUGUGGCUUCAACUCAGCUGGUUUCCACUGAUAACUCAGACAUGGAGGGCUCUGUACAUGAGCCAAAAGAGGAAGAAUAUCAAAGAGAGAUACCAAUAUCUUCAGCUGAGAACCUUGAGGUCGAGGCCAUAACUGAAGUGCUUUUGGAUGAUGUGGGUGAGUCGACAGAACUUGAGGCGUUACCAGAGACCGGAGACUCAGACCUGCAGGUAGCUCCACCUACAGACGCAUCACCACCACAACAUUCAGCUGCAAUAGCGCCACCUGCUUUUGAAGAACGGGAGAAGAAUGAAGACGCAGAUAAUGAAGUUGCUCUUGAUGCAAAGGUGGCAGUGGUGGCAUGACCAAUCACAGUGGGGAUUUCAGUCCAGUCGCUGUGUGAAGGCAAGUACACAGCACAGAGAUGUGAAUUUGAAGACCAACCGCUGUCUACUCUUCUCUUGGAGCCAGUGGACAUGAAUUCCAAGACGACAUUCACUAUAGAAUCUUCCCAGUUAAUGACAGUGUUGGAACUGUUGACAUCAUGAACUGCCCAAUAGUGUGUUCACUGUAAGAUCAAACUUUUAAUCUAGAGACUAGGGCAAACGUUUAUGUUUACUUCUCGGUGAAUGGAUGAAUGUAGUUGAUGGAUAAGGUGAGCCCAUUUUAAGCUCAAAUAUUUUUCUGAAAUUGUUGAGUUUAAAGCAAGGUGAAUAAGUCUACAAAACAAAAUCAAUGUACUUUACUUUUCAUUCUGUGUUCCAGGAUUUGCUAGAGGUUUUAAGGUUGUGCUUUGAUUCUAUCUUUCAUUUUGUUUGAUGUCCAUUGUCUCCACCUUAGAUGGUGAGUUGUUUCUCUCUACAGACUGUAGCUGCAGUAGAAUUUCAGCUCAUCAAAUAGAGAUGCCUCAUCAGUACAACUUCAAUUAACAUUAUUUCUUUUCAACUAGCAGGAAUCACAAUGUGAAGUUAAUAAAAACAGAUCCUCAGAUUUGUCACUUG